CUAGGUGGCUGUUGUCUGCCACCUGCACGCUCCAGCUCAUGGGCGCCACACCCGACACGUGGGUGGGUCACCUCUCCACGCGCCUGCGUGGUGCUCCUUUCGACGCCUGGGAGAAUUUUUAUGCUUACUCCCUGCGUGAGGGUCGGACUCCGACCUUCAUGGAUUUCCAGGCGUUCCUCGAGGAUCGCUUUGGAACCCGAUAUGACGUGACUGAAGCCUUCGAGCGUGUCGUCACUACACGCUGGUCCGGCUCUGGUGGCGCUGCCGGCCUGGAUCGCCACAUCCAGGUCUUUCAGGACGCCCACCUCGUUUGUGACGUGGCGUUCCUUUCCGAGGCUGCCCUUAUCGAUCAUUUUUUGGCCAGCCUCCCGCUCGAGUACCGCUCCGAGCUAAGGCGGUACGAGUUCACAUCGGCCCCGCAGGCUUACGAGGCCGCCAGGAAUCGUGAGCGGAUGCGAGCCCGUCUUCACCCCGCCUCCUCCUCCCAGCCUCAGCGCACGGGUUACGCCUCCUCCUCCUCUCACGGCACUUCCCAGCGCCGUUCCCCUUUCCGCGGUCGCCCCUGCCGUUUCGCGCAGCAGGGCCGCCCACUUCUCGCGGCGCUUCAGCGCGCUCGAGUAUGACUCUCGAUCCCCGAGGCCACCGAACUCAAGCGUCAGCUUGAGGAGCUCCUGAGACUGGGUUUCAUUAAACCCAGCAACUUCCCGUGGGGUGCACCCGUCCUCUUUGCUCGCAAAGCGGAUGAAACUCUUCGUCUCUGCAUCGACUACCGCGGUCUCAACCGCUACACGGUUAAGAACAGCUACCCCAUGCCUCGUUCCGAUGAGCUGUUCGACCGCCUAGCAGGCAACCGCUUCUUUACGAAGAUUGAUCUUCGUAGUGGUUACCAUCAGAUCCGCGUCGCCGCAGCCGACCAACCGAAGACCGCGUUCCGAUCGCGCUUCGACCACUACGAGUUUACGGUGAUGCCAUUCGGCCUCACCAACGCACCCGCUACCUUCCAGAGGGCGAUGAACGACAUCUUCUGGGACAUCUUGGAGCGGUACGUUCUCGUCUACCUCGAUGAUAUCCUGGUCAACAGUCAUACCCUUGAGGAGCACCUCAGACACCUCCGCGACGUCCUUGACCGCUUGCGCAGACAUGGCUUCUAUGCCAAGCUGAGCAAGUGCCGCUUUGCCCAGCACAAAGUGGAUUUCUUAGGACACUACGUGUCUGACCAGGGUCUCUACAUGGACGACGCAAAGAUCACUGCUAUUGCGGACCGAUUCUGGCGACGGCUCCACGAGGUAAACGACACUCAGCUCCGCUUCUCCUCGUCUUACCAUCCUCAGACUGAUGGUCAGACCGAGAUCACGAACAGGACUCUCGGAGAUAUUCUCCGAAAGAUUGUUCGUGACGACGAGCAGUGGGAUCUCCACCUUGCCCACGCUGAGAUAGCCUUCAACCACGCCGUCUCGCCAGCCACGGGGAUGUCGCCUUACUAUUGCGACCUUGGCUAUCACCCUCGUGUUCCCGCGAACUUCCUUCGACCGUCCCAGCUGCACCCCGACACGAGUUGUCCGGCGCUGGAUGAUUGGGUUGCACACAUGACGUCGAUCAUGAAGACCGCACAUGAGCACAUAGCCGCUUCCCAGACUCGCAUGGUAGCACGUGCGAACCGAUCGAGGAUGGAUCAUCCAUUCAAAGUCGGUGAUGACGUGCUUAUCGACACCCGCCACUUACAGCUCGAAGCGGACACGCUUCGCAAGUUUCGGCGUCGCUUCUUUGACCCAUGCCGCAUCCUCCAGGCCGUCGGUUCUGAUACGGCAUCUAGCGCGGUCAGCUUCCGUGUGAAGCUGCCCGACUACCUACACCAGACUCGUGUGCACGAUGUCUACCACGUCUCGUUACUGUGUCCUUACUGCAGACCAUCUGAGCGUUUCGCUGGACGACCAUACGAGCGCCCUCCACCCAUCAUGGUAGACGGUCACGAGGAGUUCCUCGUUUCAGACAUCAUUGGUCGUCGAGUCACCGAUGACAACCCUCCCCACGUCGAGUAUCUCGCUGAUCGAGAAGCGAUUACGAAGGCGGUGGAUGUACGAGUUGCCCUGCGCUUGAGAAACAUACCGGAAGUGUUGAAGAAUGAGGUACAACGUGUGGUACGGGAGAUUAUUCCCGAUUUAAAAGGCAAGGCAAAAGUCGUUGAGGAGAACCCCUCUACUUCGACCUCCGCAGAAAUACUAAACGCUGUGGAAGCUAUCACCGGCGAUACCGAGAACUUACACAUCUCCGAGAAGCGGAAGAGGGGCGAAGAUGUGCCGGUGGGAGACAUCCCUCUCGUCACAACCCCGGCUAAGCGCACAAGUUUUCCUUACCCACGGGUAAGAGGUCACGUGCGAUGCCGAAUGCAUGAGGUCGAAGGGAUUCCGGAAUUGAUGUGGAAUGCUGGGAACAUACCGAAGGCUCAACGAUCUGAUCGAUUGGUUAUGCUCCAGGAGGAGAUUUGUGAAGGUUUCAAAUCUUGGGUCAACAUCAAGACCCAGAGAGUUGCCUGCGACACAGUGGAAUUGGAGAAGUGUAUGCAGAAGGUUGUGGAAACCGAGGCGGGCUAUCUUCGCAGAGACAAAGUGCUGGAGAUCAGGGAGCGAUUCAGGGGUUUGGUACUCACCCCUCUGGAUCGUAACCCUGGGGAGACCUUAGUGAUUUGUCCAGUUCUGUUUUAUGAGGGGAUGAGGGAUUUGUUCAUCCGGAAUGAUGGAUAUGUGCCUUGUGACAGGGAUGAGACGAAGAUUUUGAAGGAAAUGAAGCUGCAGACUAAGAUGCGAGGUCUGCAGAAGUUCGCCAAAUGGGACAACAAGGGGAGUAUCGGCUACGCAUACGCGAUGCUGAAACACAAGGACCUGGAGCGCUAUCGGCCGAUAUGCCCGACAUAAUCUGAACCAACGGGGGAUGCUUUUAACUGAGCUUGUUGUGAUUUUGUGUUUGAUAUGAUCUGUAGUGACGGGGGAGGCCCUUAACCUUUCGGGUACUGCGACACUGGUACGUGUGUCUAGGACUGAGCCUUUUGUGAAUUGGGUCGGUAGCAUAUUCGAACCGAUGACCUGUGUUGUAGGAUGUGGACUUGGAAGGCGAUGUAUAUUUUCCUAUCGCAUAGUAAGUCUCGAACAGCGGACCGGUUCUAUAGGAUUUCGAAGGCCUCUGUCGGUUGGUAACCCGCUGAAAGGGAGUUUGAAGAGGGUACCUCUGUUUGCAUAGUACUUAGCGGGAGUUUUGUUUUUCAUAUUGGCGUGUGGAAGGGUUGAUGGUACUAACUGGUCCGAAAAAAGGCCAGGGGUACCAAGGGGACCGUCCGGUCCUCUCGGAGAUAAAAGCAAUGAUUGAAC